AUGGCCGACACAGAUGAAGCCGCCGCCCACCUCCCGGCCUCGCAGGACUCCGCGCCGCAAAUCGAAACCGACCUGUCCGACGAGACACAGGACUUCAGAUUUCUGAAUAACCUUGCCUUCCCCUCCGACUCAUCGCAAACAUCCCUCCCCCGUCGCGGCGAAAAAGACUUUGAACCAAAUCCUACCCUCUACCAAGCCGAUAUCCUUGAUGCGUCCCGACAGGCUAUGCACAAUGCACUUUCGCAUCCGCGGUUACAUAAUUCCAAGCAUCGGGUUAUCGCGUUUUACGCACCUGAUGGGCCUGCGCCGCCUACCAACGUGACCAAAGAGAAAGACGAGAAGGAAACUACUACGAAUAAGGAUGACGAACAAAAUCCAAAGAAAGCAGCGAAUGCAGAUGCAGGAACAGGGAUAGGCGUCCCCGCGGACUCGUGCGUCUACGUCCCCAACCCCAAAGGUCAAUACUUCAAGUCAAUGGGCCGAGCAGAUCGCUGGAACCGGGUAUGGCUAUUACCCGAAGAAGCGCUGUAUCUUAUAGAACGUGGAAGCUUAGAUAUCCGGUGGCCGGUAUCUGUCACGGGACCUACUGCUGAAGAAGGUGAAGAAGAUCUGGGAAUCCCCAUGAGUUUGCAGGCGGCGUAUGCGUGCUUUACUGGGAGAGGGGGUUUGUCCGUGGAGAGGUUCUCGGUGUAUACUGGACUGAGACGAUUGGGGUAUACUGUUAUCAGGGCCCCGGGAUGGGAUGAUGAGAGUGAUGAGGUACAAGACGAGGAGAGUGCGCCGCAGCAGGGUCUGGGGAUAUUUGGUCGAUUCCUGCAUUGGCUGCAUAGCUGGAAUAGUUCGACGGGGGUGACGACCACUGGCCCCGUGGUGGGAUUGGGUAUACACCGGAGCUACAAUGACAUCUACCGCAAACUCGCCAUCAUUCCUUAUCACGACCCCAUCACACCUCAAUUUCCUCGGCGCAAAACAACACCCCCCUUCCGCGUCGUCUUCCACGUUUACAAACCCUCAACCGCAUUCCGCAAAUCUGCCCCUCCAACCCCCGACUUCCGAAUCGCAGUUGUCAACUCCAGAACCCAAACAACCAUGCCGACGCUAUCCCAGCUUGGCACACUCCUCGAAAGCACACCGUUGGACCCCCCUCGCGGUGAGAAGAUGGAUCGCAUGCUGUACAUGCGACUCCGGCACGGGUACCGGAAUGUGAUCCUCGCCGUUGUGGACCAGGGUGUUGUUAGCUUUUUGAGGGUCGCAGAUGCGGCGUUUGGGAAGGAGAAGAUCUAUGCUGAGAAGCCGCCGGGUCCUAAGAAGGGAGGGAAUCGGCCGCGGCCCAAGAAAUAG